AUGACACUGUUCUCUGCGAGAAGGCUUGCCCGUAUCGACCUGAGGAGCAGCGAGUGCUUCGACUGCAAUGACGUGCUCGGCCAUGGGCUGUUCCAGCGGGGCGUCGCUCUUUUCGCAGCUGCGAGCGCGUUCGCCGUCCACUGCCAUACGCAGGCGUUUGAGCUCAUUGCCAGUGACGUCGACCACUGGUGCAGCCAGCCGGCUGGCGUCAACAUGUCAUCAGAUGCCUGGAAGAACGCCGCCAUCCCUCUAGAACCCGACGGCCGAUUCAGCCGCUGCCGGGUCUACGCCAGCCCGGGCGAUCCCAACAUCACCGAGACGGUUCCUUGUCUUCAGUGGGACUACGACCCACGAACGGCGCAUGAGAGCCUGGUGAGCCGCUGGGACCUCGUCUGUCACCGGCGGCCGCUCGUCGGCUUGGCGAAUGCCGUCUAUAGUGCCGGUGCCCUGGUCGCCAUGCUUGCAGCCGGAUACGCGGCCGACCAUGUAGGGCGCAAGCUCGUCAUCCAGUUAUCCGUGGGCAUUCUGCUCGCCGCCACUAUGGGGAUCGCCUUUGCCGACACCUACGUGAUAUACGUGACCACGCGCUUCAUCAAUUCUGCGGCUGUCACUAGCGUUUUUGUGAUCUCUUAUAUUCUUCUCUACGAAGUCUCAUCGCACGAUCACAGACAUGUGCACACGACCGUCGCCAUGGGCAUGGGAUUGACGCUUUCGGACGUUUGGUUCGAUGUGCUGAAGCAAGGUGCAUAUCGGCUGGCGAGUCCGGCAGUCCACCAUGUUGGCGCCGACCAUGCUCUUAACGAGCGCUUUUUUCCUGGUCGAGGAGUCGCCCCGAUGGCUCAUCUUAAGCAGGGAAUCAAGGCCGCCGAAGUCGCCACGCUGACGCUAGCCAAGGUCAACGGCUUCUCCCUGCCCACAACGGCGGCCAUGAUGGUGAAGAUCAAAGACGAGAUGCUCAAGAACCAGGAGGCCUUGCUACAGAGAGCGCCGUGCGUGGGCCUACGGCUGAGCUACGCCCUGACGAAGGCUUGCGCGUUUGUUGCGCUAACGGUCAAUUUCUGCUAUGGCCUGGAGCUCUUCUUGACCCCUGUGCGCGGCGCAGCUAUGUGCUGGAUGUUCGCGUGUGGUCGUGCUGGCUCCGUGGCGGCGUAUCUCCUGUCGGCCCUGCUAGACAUUGGCCUCGAGAACAUCGAGCUAGCGGUCAUGGCUGCGCUGGCCUUCCUUUCAGCCAUAAUAUUGCAGAACCUUCCUGAUGUCAUCGGGCACGGGUCUCUUUCCUGCACGGAAACAACGAGAGUCAGCGUUGGUCGAGACGCGAGCAAGCUAGACCUGGAGCACAUGAAGCUGACUUUGACGAACUCGGUGUUCCUGAAGCCGAAGAUGGCCGAAAAGCAGGAAAAAGUUCGUGUCGGGCCGACAAGAAGUCCGAGUGUGACGAGGUCGGAGUCUUCGAGAAGGUCGAAGACGAAUGUUUCGAGAACUGUGAAAUAG